UCAAUAUAACAGUCUUUAAGAAAUAUUUAAACUCAAAAGUAUGUUUUCCACUAAUAAUGUAAAUAAUAUUUCAUGUAAAAUGUAAAAUAAUUAUGAAACAAAGUAAAAUAGAAACAUCGUACCAAGACGUAUUGCAUGACUUUCUCUUUAACAUUCAGUCAUCAAGUUUUUUUUCUGAACCAGCUAUUACCUAAACUGCUUAAAAAAUACAUAUUUUUUAUUAGUAUUAACUAAUAUAUCUUGGAUUCUAUACAUUUUAAAGUGAUGUUCUCUAUCGGAAAUACUAAAUUUAACUAAGAGUUCAUUACAGUAACCUUGACUCUACUGAGCGACGCAAACUUUCUUAACCGCUUUGUAAUCGGUAUAAAAGGGCAUUGCAACUGAUGCAGCUAUCAGUCAACAAGCUCACUUCAGUUGACUAACCAUGAGAGUUAGUGUGGUAGUGUUGAUCGGUCUCGCGGCCCUCGCCGCCGUCGCCGCCCGGGACAUCCGGGAGAAACGCGACGCCGACCUGGAGCCCGCCGCCUCCCACCACGGCGGCCACUGGGACAAGGGCGGCGGCCACGAACACCACGAGCACCACCACCACGAGGGCGGCCACAAGGGACACAAGGGCCAUAAGGGCCACCACGAGCACCACCAUGGCAAGCACGGCCACCACCACCACGAGGGACACAAGGGCCACCAUGGCGAACACGGCGGACACAAGAAGCACCACCACCACGAUGACGGCUACCAUCACCACCACCAUCACGGAGAAAAGGGCGACCAUGGCCACGGCCACGAGGAGCACGGCCACUGGCACAAGGGUCACGACACCAAGGGACACCAUGGCAUCGAGAAACACGACGAGUUCAAAAAGGACAAGCACUUCCACGACCACCACGGUGAAAAGGGCCACCAUGAGCACCACGGCGGACACCACCACGAAGGCGGAUACAAGAAGGGCGGUCACUUCCACAAGGGACACAAGCACGGCGGACACCACGAGCACCACCACGGCAAGAAGGGACACCAUGAGCACGGCGGUCACCACCACCACCACAAGGGCCACCACGGUGAGCACGGCCACCACGAGCUUCAUCACGGCCACCAUGACCAUGGCAAAAAGGGCGGUCACGAGCACCACAAGCACUGGGACUUCAAGAAGGGACACUAAACCGUGGCCCUCGCUAACCCCAAAACUAUUGUUAUUUGUUAAUUUUUUUUUAACGACUGUAAAUAUUUGUUAUGUUUAUACAAAGAUGAAAUAUAAAAGUUUUUAUUA